GGCUCCAACAACACAGAUGCCAGGCUUAGCGAUGCUGCCAGGGGAAGAAUAGCAACCAUUAGGAGCAGACAAAUAAAUAUUCAGUCUCAGCUGCCUUCCUGUGAGCAUCACAACCUGCAGCACAAAAGAGAUCAUGGCAGAUCCUUCAGUGUUGGAUCACCUGACACGACUGAAACUCAAACUCCUAGAAAAGAGACUAGAAAAUGAACAGGAGAACCUAGAGAAGAUGGAGAUGUCUCUCCCAGCAGCAAGGAACAGACCUCAGGACAUGCUCCAAAGUGCCCUGAUGAAAAGGAAAGAUCUGCUGCAGGAGCUUAGGGAGCAACACCUUCUGGAAGAGCUUUCACAGCCACUUUCACCAGCUGGGGGACACUGCCAUGACCACAGAGCUGCCCUCCCACAAGUCUACCAGAUCCCUUUUCCAGCUUCCCAAGUGGAGCCACCAAGGAUUAUCCAGCAGGCAAUGCCAACUCAACCUGCCACCAUCAUCCAGCAGUUGCCCCAGCCAUCCCCUCUGGUCACGCAGGUUCUGCCAGCCCAGCCCUCUGCAGCCCCUGGCCCUGGGAGCAUUAAAGAAGAUAUGGUGGAGAUGAUGCUGAUCCAGAAUGCUCAGAUGCACCAGAUCAUGAUGCAAAACAUGAUGCUGAAGGCUCUGCCACCAACGGUGCUCACACAGCUUGGGGGAGCCAGCUCUGCCCUGCCCCAGCACACGCAGCAGGACCUGCAGCUCGCUGCUCCCCUGGCCAUGAAAGCAGACAGGCCCAAGCCACCUGUGGUGCACCACCACCACCAUUACCCUCCCACAGAGGUGUUCCCAGUGACCCCCAGAGGUUUCCUGUCCACAUCCCCUGCACAGCACUGGACUGCAAGCUCUGCCCAGCCUAUGUGGCCUACAUACUGACAGUACAGGAUCCUCUGCAAGUGGACCAUAGCCUUUCUAAAAACAAUAAAAUCCUGAUGUUCUUCCUCA